AUGAACGGCACGCCACAGACGGCUUCGCUCAAGAAUGAGGUGGCGGCCCUGGAGAGCAGCAACCACCGGCCCAAGGCCGCCUCGCCCGCUGUGCGCGGCACUCGUAUAGGCCACAAGAAGUCGCGGAAUGGCUGCCAGCAGUGCAAGAAGCGUCGCGUCAAGUGCGAUGAGAGUCGCCCUUGUCGCAACUGCGCGCGGCACGACGUCCAGUGCAGCCUCAUUAUGACGCCUUUUUCAGCUCAUCUGCUGCCCGUCAGCGAGCCGUCGCCCAAGUCGACUCUCGAGGCCGCCAACACGGCGACCCCUGAUAGUGUUGGCGAGGCGUCGACAACCAGCCGCCCUGAAAGCCGCCCGGAGACCUCUCCGCCACAGCUCUCCUCGUUGAAGGAAAAGGUAGCUGCCAUCCAGGGCUUGCUCUCCGAAUUCUCGGCCGAGGUGGAUGCUCUUCAUCAUACUGAACGGCACAGCUUCUCCGAACCAGCUCAUGACUCGACCGCCACCCAGGGCGAGUCCCGUGAUGCUCAGGGCGUCUCGAGGACCGACUGGAUGAUCGACAUGCAACUCGUUCACCACUUUACUUCCAACACGGCACACACCAUCUCCGAGAACCCAGAUUUUGUGCAUCUCUGGACGACAACAGUGCCCCAAAUCGCCUUUGCCAACGACUUCCUUCUCCACGGUAUCUUGGCCGUAUCAGCCAUUCAUGUCGCCCACUGUUACCCUGAAAAGAGGGUCGAGUACGCCACCAUAUCGGCCCGCCAUCAAAAUGUCGCCCUCGGCAAGUUCUCGCCAGGCUUGGCCGAGAUCGAUGAGAAGAAUGCCGACGCAUACGUGCUACACGCUAUAUGCAUCUUCAUUCUCAACACCUACUUCAUCGCCAACCCGAGCGGACCCAUCGUCCCCAGGGACGUUGCUCAGUCCUUCAUUCUGCUGCAAGGAAUCCAGAGCAUACUUGCUCUGCCGUUCGCUCACAAACGUAUAUCCAACGGGCCACUGGCACGCUGGCUUUACCAAGGCGGCGUUGAGCCCGCCGUAGCAGGGAAUUUCUCGGCCAAGAUUGACGACCUUAUCAACCUCACACGCAGCAUGGCACCCUCGGAAGAUACUACGACCUGUCAGUCAGCUCUUGAGGGUCUUAAGAUCACUUCCACGGCCGUCUCCAUGCCUCAGCAUAGGUCCGGGCUGGUCUGGCGGUGGGCCAUCUCCCUCCCCCAGUCGUUCCUCGAGCUCAUCAGCCAAAACCACCCGAUGGCCCUCGUCAUCCUCAUGUACUACGCAGCGCUGGUUCACGCUCUUGAGCGGGACAUGUGGUAUCUUUGCGGAUGGGGCAGCAACGUUGCUUCGAGCUUGGAGAAGGCCAUUCAGGAGCCGUGGAGGGAAUGGAUCCAGUGGCCGCUGGGGUGUAUUCGAGAUGGCACUGACAUCCGAAGAGUCGCACCGUUUAAACCCGUGCCGGUCGAGGCCCUCCCAAGGCCGCAGCUCCCCGUCGUCAACUUUAACCUGGACUUUCUUUUUAAAUCAAGGGAACCGCCUUCGUGA